GUACAGUUAAUUUAGAAGGAUGUGAAUGGAAAAUUUAAAUUGAUCUUACGGUUUUUAUUGUAUAUUAUUUUAUAUCUUUUAAGUAUAAGAAAAUUCAAAUUAUUUAAAAUAUAUUAUUUUAUACUUAAACUAAAUAAUGUGAAUUCUUUGAAUCGAAAAAAAAACCUUUGAUAUACCUUCUCGAGUAUAAUUUUGGUUCAAAGUAGGAUACAUUUGUCGAUCCUAGGAUCAGCCAGUUACUGCUGUAAAAUGUUUUCUUUAUCAAAGUUGGCAUACUGUGUUUGUGACUACGAUGAUAGAACAUUUUAUGAUAAUUUGGAGACAUUAAAAAUCGAUAUUCAGUCUUGCUGUAUCGAUGUACUGAGAUACCUGAAGAACGAGACAAGAUCAAAUAUUAUGGAUGUUGAUUUUCAUUAUAAUGAUAAAUUUAAAAAUGAUGUAGCCAUAUCGUCCAACUGCAAUGAUUACAAAUACAGUACACCCGAUUCGAUGAGCGAAAACGCCGCUGCAAAUGGACAUUUAGAAUGCUUAGCGUUCGCCGAAAGCCGCGGGUUCCCAUGGACACGAACCAUAAGUGUCCAGGCUGCCGCCAACGGAAGACUCGAGUGCCUAAAGUACGCUCACGACCAUGGCUGUCCGUGGGAUGUGUCGGUGUGUGAAUACGCCGCAGCCAACGGCCAUUUAGAGUGUCUGCGGUAUGCCCGGGAACAGGGCUGUCCAUGGGACGAGAUCGUGUGCGAGAAAGCGGCUGGCAGUGGCCAACUUGAGUGUCUAAAGUACCUCAAAGACAAUGGUUGUCCGUGGGACGCGUCCACGUGUGAGGCGGCAGCGGCCGGUGGGCAUAUUGACGUUCUGAAGUAUGCACACGACCACGGCUGCCCGUGGGACUCGUUCACUUGCCGGGAAGCUGCGGCCCAUGGUCACCUCACGUGCCUGGCAUAUGCCCACGAAAAUGGCUGUCUGUGGGACAGAAUGACGUGCGAAGCAGCUGUAGCUAGUGGCCAUCUCCAUUGUCUUAUCUACGCACACAAUAACGGUUGCUUGUGGGACAUAACCACGUGUGACGAGGCUGCGUCAAAUGGUCACAGCUCGUGUCUAGAAUAUGCGCUGGAAAAAGGAUGCUUGUGGGAUGGAUGCGUUCCAUGAAUACCUAUAUAAUAAUAUAUGAUCAUCGUAAGUAGGUAUUUUUCGCCAUUUUGCUGGAUUGAACUUUUUUGACUUUCUUUUCGACGAAGUUUUCUGGAGAUGUGUUUUAGUUAUUUUGAUAUUAAAUUCUAUUCGAAUAAUUUA